AUGGAGACAGCCCGCUCAGCUAAGCGUGCCCACGACGUCGCUGCCCAUGCGCACUCGGACAGUAGCGAUGACGAGGAGCAUGUCAGCGAGAGUGCCCUUAUCCGUCGUCGUACCGGGCUCGAUUCUGGCAUUGAUGUCGCUUUCGCCCAGCUUUCUGUCGAUGCCGCUCCGUUCGCCGGGCCUGACACCGCUAGCCCUCAAGCCUUGACCAAAUCUGCGCCCGCCCGUGAUGUCAGCGCUCAGAUCAAGCGAGACAAGCGCAUAGAGAUCAACUUGCUCAGGGGGCAAGCUCACGAACUGCGCAAUGAAGCCGAACUCCUGCGACGAGCAGCGAUGGGCAUCAUGCGUGCCGAAGUAAAGCCCAUGAUGGCACAGGUUGUCCACUUGCAUCGCGAGUACAAAUCGUUGCGCAAGUCAGCAGUAGCUCCCGACUUUGGCCGCCAAGAGAUCAAUCCCAAAGCGUCUCAGCUCGAGUACGAGGCCGGUAGAUUAGAAUCAUACGCUGAUCAGCGCGAAUGGUAUGCCGAUCGAAAACAGCGCAAGGCCGACAGACUCGACGCCAAGGCGGCCAUGCUCGAAGCGAAGCUCGACGUACUCAUGCAUGGCAGCUCCAACUUCGCACAGUUGGACCCUGCCAUAGCCUCGUCCGCGCAUGCUUCGACCUCGAGAUCGAAGGCAGGCGUCUACAUCGACAAGAUGACCGUCGAGUCAGACGGCACGAUACAACUUGACAAAGUCGUUGUGGACCGAUGCGGCCACGGUCUCUGCAUCAACAACAUCACGACGCAAGGCGACGGUCAUCUUCAUCUUGCUGAAGCCAUCAAGGCCAUCCCGCACUGGUCGUUUGCUGGGCUACACGACAACGAAAGCUCGUGCCUGAGCAACCACGAAAGGGCACCACCUCGUCCUCCCUAUCGAUCAAUUGACACUUCGUCGGCUGCGCCCGAGCUCGUCAAUAGUGCAGUCAGGGGAUCUCAGACGAUGUCAAGCCAGUCUGCAUCCUCCCGACCGACCCGGACGAGACCCGUCUCUUGCUCUUACAGCGGUACUGAGAAGGAAGAGAAGCUCACCAAUGCUCGCAAAAAGCUACAAGCCUAUCGCGCGCGAACGCGACAAGCCUCAAGCAAUGCCUCGACGAGCUCAGUCCUGUCAGUCUCUGCACCACCCACGAUCAGCCAGAUUGGGGCAAGUAGCGCUCUGGGCAACGGUCGAUCUAUACACGAGCGCAGGCAUAGCAAGACGCACUCUGUCUCUCGCAAACGGGCUAGCGUUGUCUUGCAGCUUGCUCCUGCGGCGACAAGACCGCUCUCUGGCAGCGUACAACAACGAUCCCACGCUCAUUCAUCAUCUACUUCUGGUCAGAACACGCCGCUGCCGACAGCUUCGUCUGGCGCGCCGAGCAGCAAGACCGCAACACCCGCGGACUGGCCACCCGCCUCGCCAGCAAAACGAUCUUCUUGGGCCAGAAACCCCUCAGUCCCUGUCUCUCCGGUCAGGCCGAGCCAUAGACAUAAACAGAGUCAAUCACGCGGCUCGAUCUCGAUGCUUGUCGCGAGUCAUCUGAAUAGCGCUCACUCGACGCCGACUUCCGCCCUACCUGGCUCAGACCGAAGGCGGUCUCUAGCCGCCGCAACACCCGCGCCCGAGCCUUUCGAGGCUUUUGCAGCGCAUGCGCACGCGUACGAGCACCAAUCACAGGGCUACAAUCCGCGCAUGAGCCUGCCACAUGCGGCUUUGCUCUUUGCGAGUCCAGCACAAGGCUCGCUCGCUAGCUUUCCCAUGUUUCAAUCGGACUCGAACAGCAGUCAAGCGGCAGAAGCAUUACAAGCCAAGAUCACACCAGGCUCAAGCAUAGCGAUGAUGCCGUCGCGUACUCAGCCGCCCAUCUCGCCCGCGCUAGCGAGCAGCGCCUUUCGGCGGGGCUCAGAACCUGCAGCUACCGCCAGCGAUGCCGCGAGCAAUCGUCAGUCGGUGCGGCAUUCAAAGCGACAUUCGCGUAACAUGUCCAUAUCUGUGCCCGGCUUGUCUGCGUUCACUUUCGGACCGCCCAUCAUCACGCCUCCGUCGCCAAUGGUGCUCUCGAGCAGCUUCGGUAAUAAUGUGUCCGCGCUACAGUCAGCACCGAUCAGUCUAUCGGCUUCUUCUCCUGCCAUCGUCAGCGCUGUAGAUGAAGAGACUCCGGGUAAGCAUAGUCGGAGACAGUCGAGGCAUAUGCGCAAGUCCAGCAUGGCGACCAGACGCGAAUCCAUGGAAGUCAUGUCGGGCAUGCAACUUGAUUGCGCGAUGCCAGGCUCGCCCUCACCCGGGGGAACGCCCAACAUGGGCGGGCUGCGGUCGCCUGGAAAGGAUGACGAGCGCGAACAGUCGCCAGAAGAAGCCGCAAUGGAGCGCUCAAGGUCGCUGAUGGCCCUCGAAGGGCGACGUAUGUCGGCCUCAUCAUCAUCGCAUUCCUCGCCAGCGUUCCUGCAGGCGCCGUCAGCGCCUAACGUCAUGAUGGGCUUUGACCAGAUCCUCAUGCCCGAAUCUGCAGAGACUUUGCGAUCGCCCAAUCCUGCUUCACCCCAUUUCUCGCCUGCUCUAUUCAGUUCGACGGCUUUCUCGGCCAGUGGUAGUCCGCAGCACGCGCAAUUCAUGGGCUCGCCUAGCUUCGGCGGCUCCUUCCAAAGCAGUCCGCUCUAUCAGUCUAGCAAGGCGAGCAAGCGCAGCAGCUGGAGCGCGGGGCAAGGACUUGGCGUAAGCAAUGAUGGUGGCACUCCUCUGAGUGCAAGUCUGCUUGCCGGCGGCCGCGGUGCGCUAGAUUUAGGCAUGCUCGUCGAAGAGAACGAAGAAGAUGAGGACGAUGCUACGACUUGGCAGGACACAUCUGUCACAUCCUCCUCCUCACUUUCGUCUACAGGUUCAAAAACCGCAAAAGGACCUCGUCCUCGGCCAGCUUCGAUAAUGGUCCCUCCGAGUCAGAUGUCUCGAUCUGCGACUAUGUCGCCCUCAGAUAGCAUGCCACCGAAGCCCCUCGCCUUGCCGGUCGGCGCGACGCUCUCGAAGUCUACGCCGGCAGGUCUGCGCACGCUCAGCUUAGGCACGGCCAGCUCAGCUGCUCCCGUCAGUGGCCCUUCAAGCGCUCCUGUAUCGACAGCGCGCCGCACCAGCAUUUCAUCAAAGAGGAGCUCGCUUGGCUACAAGACGCAGAUCAAUGGAUCGCUGCCACCCACUCCCAGCUCAGCAACGUCUGUCUCUCAUCGGUCUCCUUUGUCGUUGGCGACAGGAGCUGUACCGCUGCGAGCAAUAUCUAAUCCUGUCGCGCGCUCGCCCUCUACAACUGCCACCUCGCCGGGCGUCACAGAUAGCAACUCAACGCCCAGAUCUCCCACCUCUUAUUUUAGUCAGCCGCCUUGGAUGAGCGACAAGACUGCAACAGUCUCAACGCAGACUGAAGCUACCACCGUGCCAAUGUUCAGCCCCAAUGUGUCCAUGCUCGCACAUAGCCAGAGCCAGGCCGAAGAUGAUAAUGCACAGAUUGCUCGCCUCGAGGCAGAGGUCGAGCGCUUGACCGUAGAGCUUGCGGAAGCGCGGCAAGUCGACCUCACGGAAGCAACACCACUUCGCCAGCGAGUUGCGAAGCUUCAGACGGAUCUCGAUAACGUACAUGCUGAGAAACGUGCCGAAGCAUCGCAACACAAAGCCCAAGCCGACGCGUUGCGCGCCCAACUGAUGGAAGCAAGCGAACAACUCGCGGAUCUCGAGCUUCAACGAGGCGUUCUGCAAGACGAUGUCGAUGGCUGGCGGGGCCGUUGCGCUGAUCUCGAGCGUUCGGUUGAACGCGAAAAAGACCGGAUAGACGAAGAACGCAAGGAGAGUGCGACCGCACGCGAGAAAGUGCGCAAACUUGGCGAUAGGUUAGCCGCCACCCAAGCCGAGGUCAAUAGCCUGCGUCAAGCAAUGGCACCUACGACCGACGAGCACAAAGCACGCAAGUCCAACGCAGAAGACAUCGCUCUAGCGGCUGCCCAAGCGCGUCUCAUUGGCGAGAUGCGUGACCAGAUCUUCUCAAUGGCUGCGACGCUCGAGAAGGAGCGCUCGGAGACUGCCAAAGCGCGGAGUCAAGUCCAGCAUCUGCAGCGCCAGCUUCUCGCACAACCUACAACUAAUAUGCUUGGAAUGUCACUGCCUACAGGCGAGACGACGCCCGUGGUAAGCUCGGCGCCCCUCGAUGACUAUUCACGACGUCAGGCAAGCGAUGCGUCGACGAAUUCGUACGGACAAAGCUUCUCGUCCGGACAGAUGUCAGAGGAUCUGUCAUUCUCCUCAGAGCCUUCCUCGCCGCCGUCUCAUGCCACGUCUUUCGCAUCAGGCCGGAAGCAGAGUGAACAGAUGAGCAUAUCUGCCUCGCAGACCAUUCGAAAUCUGCAGACGCUGCCAGAAGAAGACGAAGAAUUGGACGAUCAGAUCACGACGGUGAUGCCGGGCUCGCAGAGCACACUUUUGCCCUCGUCAGCCAGUCAAUCAGACCACGAGCUGCCUGUGCCUGAGCUCGACUCGGAUGGUGAUCGCGCUUGCUCGACUGCGUCGUCAGAUGCUCAUCCCAGGACGCCGUCGAAGGAGACACUGCCUCUACUACCAGUACAGCCCUCCCAUGGCCGCAGCGAUUCUUUCAUUCGCGCAUGGUCAUUCCCGAAGGGCCCCGUGGCAGAUGUCAAGCAACGCGAUGACCGCGACGAUGGCUUCUUCCAGCUCGGCAAAGCCCUUUUACCUGCUGUGCCGAUUCCUGAGCAUCUAUUCGGCAAUCUGCCGUUCGGCGAGCUUGACGAUGAAGAUGCAGUAAGUCAUCGGACGUCGAUGCACAGCUACAAGUCAUCAGGCCCCCCCAGUCCAACGAUGUCGAGGUGGCCAACGAAUCGAACGAGCGUCUCUUCGGCUGGUUCGGUCUCGUCAGCUGCAGGAAAAGGACGCGUCUCUCUACAAAGCAUCUCAUCGCUUCUGGGGUCGUACGUGUCGUCAGCCGUUGUCGUUGCAGGACCGGGCGACGCGUCCGGUAACACGACAGUGCAAGACUUGCGCGAGCACGAGUCUCGUGUCUUCAGCGAUCAAUCGACCACUCGGAUCGCUCAGAGCAUGCUAGCUUCGACUGCCAACGCUAACCUCUAUUCAGAAGCUCAGCUCAUCCCAGCAAGGUUCGGCAGGCUUGAGCCCAAGCAACUGCGACCAUCGCCCCUGUCGCGACUCGACUUUACGCUCGCAUGCGGCGCACUCAGGAGUGAGCUUAUCAAUCUAUAG